AUGCUCUUCACUGAUUGGUUUUUCCCUCUAAUCCGUAUAGGGAGAUUGUACUUUGCUUUGAUUUACCAGAAAGGAAAUUCAGGGAGAUACUCUUGCCGAAUAAUAUUUACUAUACAAAUUCUCCGAACUUCAAGUUGCGGAUUCUUGGAGGAUUACUCUCCCUGUGUAAUUUUUGUCGCACAGAGAAUGGACAACAGAUGGACCAAACAGUCGAAAUAUGGUCAAGAGUACGGAGAUCAUACAUCAUCGAGUAAGAUGACUAGUUUGGAUUUCUGUGACAUUCCUUCUUGUAGCAAUGUGUCACCAGUAUGCUACACUGAAUCUGGUGAUAUCUUUGGAAAUAAUCGCGCUGCUUUGCUGGUGAAAUGGAAUGAAGAUGGACAAGUGCAAGAACAAAAAUCCCAUGACCUACCAUUUUUCCAACCAUUGGUUGUGUAUAGAGAGAGUUUAUUCAGUAUAUGA